UCGUCAGAGAAACUAUCCCGGAUUGUUGAGUGCUAAAUGUCUGCCGACGAAGUCGAUAUCAAAGCUAACUCGUUAGACGAGCGUGCAAUUAGCGUAGAAAGCGACAACGAUGCCCUCAGUGAACUGGAUGCAUUGUUGGUGGAAACGUACGUGACUGACGCGAGGAUUGGUAGACCGAGUUCGUUCAAGCCGGAACGCAAAGAGCUACAGUAUUACAGAUUGUAUAACAGCUGGUAUAUGCAAUGGCUGUUGUAUUUGACUGUGUCACUGUUUUUUCUUCUGGUGCUAUUUGAAAAGCCAGCAUAUGCGAAAGCCCCACUAUGGGCCACCAUGUUGAUUGAACUGGUGUGUAUAACUGCCUUUGUUGCUCGAGUUUUUCAUGGCUCUCUGUUUGCUCCUGAUCGAUGGAAGUACUUAAGAGAUCGAAAGAAUGUUACGAUAAUUGUACUUGUUGUGCUUACCAUUUUGGACAUGUUUGUUUACAUCGUUUUGUGUAACACGUGUUGUUCGGAUUCUGCUGUGAGGGCUACUCGAGUGCUCCGCCCACUCUUUCUUAUUAAUUUGAGUAACUUCAGACAAGUUCGAAAGGCGUUUAGAAACAUUCGUAAGACAUUGCCGGACAUCAUCACUGUAUUGAUCUUGCUUUUGAUUGCCAUCAUUUUGUUCGCACUUUUGGGCUACUUACUGUUUAAAGAUAAGAAUUUCAAAGAUUACAAGAACAGAGAGUACUUUGAUAGUUACAGAGAUGCAGUCUUUAACCUUUAUGUCUUAGUGACGUCAGCGAACAGUCCUGAUGUUAUGAUGCCUGCAUAUAAUGAGAGUGGAUGGUAUGCUUUCUUCUUUAUCAUUUUCACGAUCAUUUGUAUGUACAUCUUUAUGAGUAUUUUCUUGGCUGUUGUGUACCACAACUAUCGAAAGCAACUGAAGAAAGAGGUUAUGACAUCUGUGAGGCGUCGUUGUGAAAGUCUUCGUCGAGCAUUUCACAUCUUGAGGAAGAAAGUGAAUGGUUGUUGGAUUGUAACAGUAGAGCGUUUUCAUGAAAUGAUGCGGUACAUGUCACCCAAACGAAGUUCUGCUCAAGUGCAGCUUUUGUGGGAAGUAUUAGAUGAGAACGGGAAUGGUAAAGUCAGACAGAAGGAAUUUUACCACAUUGCCAACUUGUUCAGUGUGCAAGUUGUGGAAGUCAAAGACACGAUAACAAUAUUUGAAAAAUAUUUUCCUAAUGUCUACAAAUCAAAGAUCAGCAAGUGGAUCAUCAAUGCUGUAAAACACAAGGCAUUUGGGUUCGUGUUUGAUUUUGUCAUAGUCGUAAAUGCAAUUUUUAUUGGAUUGGACUUUGAAGAUGAGGAUGAAGAUAAGGGAGAAGCUGUCUUCUUGGUUCUGUUCAACAUUGAGAUUGCACUGAAGUUUUACGCUUAUGGAUUUUUUGGGUUUUUUCGUCGGCUUUGGAAUAUCUUUGAUAUGGUUGUUAUCUGGGCAGCCACUAUAGCAGAGCUAGUUGAAGUCGGCAAACAAGCAACUGAUGAAAAUUGGUAUCCCAGUCAGAUUGCUCUUGACGUUCUGAUGGUUCUUCGAGUCUUGCGUCUGCUGAAGAUAAUGCGAAGCAUCAAACGCUUUCAGGCAGUUCUACGUACCAUACUUCAGAUUGGGCCAGCUGUUACUACCUAUGGUGCUCUUCUUCUAGUAUUGUAUUAUGUGUAUGCUAUCAUUGGAAUGGAGAUAUUUGGGAGCAAAGUCGAUUUUUAUGCUCUCGGACAGAAUGCGACCGUAAAUGAUACAGAGAGAGCAAGAUUGUGUGGUGGGCAUCAAGAACUAGAUGACAUGGAGUUCAGUGACUUGAAAUAUUGCAAGAAUAACUUCAACAAUGUUGUUCGCUCGUUUGUUACACUCUUUGAUUUGAUGGUGGUCAAUCAAUGGCAUGUGAUCACACAAGGGUUUGUUCUCAUGACUCAUUGGACGGCUCGAAUUUAUUUUAUCUCUUUCCACCUUAUUUGUGUCGUUCUUGUUCUUAAUAUAUUUGUAGCUUUUAUUCUGGAAGCAUUUAUGCUGCAAUAUGAUACGAGUGUCUCCACGUUUGAAAAUGCAGUUGACAAGAAAAUCAACGAGCUGGGAGUUGGAGUUGGACUAGAUCCCGAUCCUUCGAUGUUUACCCGUCCCCUGUUGGAUUCUCAAGAGUUGGAACACGUUUCCCUAGAUGUGGAGGAUGCAGAGGGGGGAAGUUCAAAAAAUCAUAACAUUAACAUGUCUGAGCAGGGGAGUCACUCUGAGACUAUUCAACAGUUGGCAAUUCAAGCCCAAACGAGGUUUCGAGUGUCGUCUAAGAUACAAAAUGCUGAAUUACUGCUGCAAAGAAUGUUUGAAGAUGAAUUGAAACGUGAAGAUUCGUCUGGUUGGCAGACUAUUUAUGGGGAAGAUUUAUCAGAUGCUGAAGAUGAGGAUGCUGAUGAUGAGAGGGGAGGUGCGGGUAGCUACUAUACUGUAACUGCUUCGUCUGCGACAGUUGUCUAGAGUGAGGAUGAGAGACAUGCUACAGUUGUACUACAUUCAACAGCAUGACAUCUUGUCUUGUUGAGCACAAUCUAAUUUAACCCUACAUACAUUGCAAUGUAUCUAGGCUUUGCAAUUGGUGUUGUAAAACUAGAUGCCUUUUGGUUAUAGUUAUAAUUUAAUUACGUGUAAUUGUUUAUGGAAGAGUUUGGCAUUGUCAGUUGUCUAAUUACAUUUGUUUGGUA